AUGGAUAUCCUUGCGUUUACGUCCUUUGAUCAAACCUUUUACCAUCAUCCCUCACACAAAAACAGAGUUUGCAUCAGUUUCUAUCAAAGAUUCCAGCGAUUCGCCGUUGACGAAUCCGAUGGAACCCUCGUCUGUACUCGAAUGGACCCGCCGUUUCAUUUUCCCUCCCGUCAAAUAAACCUGAAUCUCAUCAGCCACCAGUUAACUCCGAGACAUCUGUUUAGGCACAUCGACUCUCGUCUCCAUGAUCGCACCUUGUCCCGUCGUAUCGCAGAAAAAAUCGCAGCUGAAGCGGUUCAAUACGAUGGCUUUAAACAACCUUACGUCAUGUCUGUUUAUGUCGUUAAGACCGAGCAGGUGGUCUCUCAGAGGGAAGAAGAAGAAGAGGAAGAAGAGUCGACAUGUGCCAUCUGUUUGGAUGGUUUGUACAAGAACGAUGAGACGUUUGAUUUGCCCUACUGUUCGCAUAGGUUUCAUUCUACAUGUAUCGGCGAGUGGUUACAGAGUCAUCGUUCUUGCCCUCUCUGCCGUGAAACUCUGCUCGAGGAGUAUGUUGAAACUGAUUUUGAAGAGGAGAGUCUUUUGUUUUAG